AUGUCCCAAGUUCAACGCGCUAUGGUAUCCCCCUCUAUACAAGGCACCAUUGCACCGGCAUUUGAAAUGCUUGCCCAAGAAUCAAGCGCCCAACACAAGGCACGAACCGACUUCGAGGCGAUGGGCGGAAUUUGGGCAGGGAUGGCACCGACAAUCAAAAAUCCGACCAUCUACAACGACCUUAUUCAAGCGCAAAUCAAGAUGCUUUCGUAUCUCGCCUUUGUGAUGCGCUACCUGAAUGAAACUGAAGCUUCCUACGGAGAAACGUUGGUGUCCAGUGCCCUAAGAAUCUUGCAAGAUUGUCCUUCCAAUGGAAAUACGCUACGAAAGGAACCGGUCUGGCCAGCAAAGAUUCUCUCAGCGCUCCUCUUCAACACCUCAUUGGGCUUCAACCUCCACAUCCUCUUUGCUAAAGUUAUCUUUGGCCUCACUGACGCCAUAGUAGCGAAGGAGGUGCCCCAGACAGCCGCCAAGUUGUUAUCCUCCAUGCUCGAAACCUGCCUGGAACGACUUGAAGGCUUAUGCACGGUCCAGGCAGACGUGAGCCAGGCACUGGAACGAAUACGGUCUGGCAGCCAGGAGGUGACGGUCGAUACAUUAUUCAUCGAAAAGUCAAGACCUGUCGGUGGUGCUUUGUAUGCAUUGGAGAAGCCAGAGGAUGUGAUGCUAGAGGUUUGGACCCAUAAGAUGGGCUUCUUUUUCGAGCAUGCGCAGAAGCGGAUCGUCCUCCUCACCGUCUGCCAGUUCUUGUUCAAUCGGGAGUCGACUACCUCUAUCCUCUUGGGCAUCGUUCUCAAAUACCUUGUUGGACGCCUUCCAUUACUGGGGGAAUACGACGACAUUACUGCGGCGGCCACCAUCCGAUUGUUCAAGAUGGCGUUCAAUGCAGUCACCACAUACCCACAUACCAACGAAUCCAUCCUCGCCUCCCACCUACCAAAGUUGCUGAUGGACUGCUUCCCUUUGGCAGCAAAGGCUUCGAAACCAACACAUUACUUCUACCUCCUUCGUGCUCUCUUCCGAGCGAUAGGCGUAGGUGGCGGCCGGUUCGAAUUACUUUACAGCGCAGUUCUACCCCUCCUCCCGGAGUUGCUGGAGAGUUUGAACCGGCAACUACUCGCUUCGGAGGGUCAAACAAGGGACAUGAUCGUCGAACUCUGUCUCACUGUUCCACUACGACUCACCCACCUACUUCCCCAUCUAUCCUACCUCAUGCAACCUCUUGCUCUUGCCUUGCGCGGGGGCUUCGAGCUUGCUUCCCAAGGCCUUAGAACUUUGGAAUUGUGCAUCGACAACUUGACUCCAGACUUUCUGGAUCCGACUUUGAGCGUCGUCCUCCGGGAAUUGAUGGAGGCUCUUUUCAGCCACUUGAAGCCGGCACCACAAAGUCACCACCUCGCACACACGACCAUUCGCAUUCUCGGGAAGCUUGGUGGAAGGAACCGCCGCCUUCUAUUCAAGGAGCCCGCCUUGAUCUACCAUCACCCAUCGGAGCCGGCGAAAAUGGUGAUCUCGUUCAACGGCAAUGAGGAGAAGAUCCUUUUGGGACCCAUCUGCAAACUAGCUAUUACCACCUUGGCCAAAUCGCCACCGGCGGACCAGAUGCAUGCCUACAGCUUCCUAGAGAACUGUGCAUCGUUAUUUCUGUACGAGGGUAUCAAGGGACGCAACGUCGAGGACUUCUUUGUCCGGACGGUUGAAGGAAUAUUCGACAGCAUUUACAUUCCUACCAUCCAGAAUGAAGCUGAGAGCUAUUUGCGAAAGCUCGCCUCGACGGUUUUCGAGAAUGAGAUCCGCCGCAACCAGUCUCGCGAAGUCGGGGCGAGGCCCACUCCAAGUCCAGUACUCAACAGCUUCUUGGAGGCAAUUCCUCACGGACUCGCACGAGAGCAACCGGCGCAAUGCGAGCGAGCGAAAGAGGUAGUGGCCAUCCUCAUCAACGAUCUCAUAGAGAUGCGGACCCGCCCCAACAUUGGGCUUCAAGGCAUCUUCCCCCUCCUUCAUUCCCUUGCCAACCGGUUCACAGGGCUCUGCCUUGACGAAUCAUGGAUCCGCAAAGCCGCUGGUUGCAACGGAAUCAAGCUCAUGCUCAACGCGCCCGUUGUUGCCCAGAAAUGGGUAUCCGAUCGGGAAAUCGAACUCGUUCGAAACCUCAUGCACGCCUUGAAGGACCUUCCAUACGACCUUCCCCGCGAUGUUGAAGAUGUUAUUGAAACACUCCUCGACGUGCUGCGACUCAGCAACUCUAGUCUGGACUUCACAGGCGACGGUGCAGCUCAUGCUCGCAACAAGAUCGUCCACCUCGCUGGCAUGUUCUUCCCAGAAUUCCAGAGUUCGAACAGAAUCAUCCGCGAUGCCGCCCAACGAUGCAUCAACUACAUGGUCACAUUGUCGGGUCGCACUCCAGGAGAACUCUUCUUACCUCACCGUGAACGGAUGCUUGCUGGCGUAUACACCAAACCCCUCCGCGCGUUGCCGUUCCUUAAGCAGAUCGGGAUCAUGGAAUCUAUGCGGUACUGCCUGAAGCUCGAGCCUCAGGUGAUUGACGCAAGCGAAGAACUGCUUCGGCUUUUGCAUGAGGCGCUGGCGCUGGCGGAUGCUGAAGAUGUGCAGCUCGUUGGUCCGAGAACGACACGAUCGAGUGCACUCGAAAUCUUGAAGCUUCGGGAAUCCUGCAUCAAACUCCUCACUGCAGCCAUGCCAAUAACAGACUUCUUCGGAAAGAUCCCACAUACCCGCCAACGUGUCACGAGUGUGUACUUCAAAUCGCUCUAUUCACCGUCCGCUGAGGUAAAGGAGGCUGCGCAUACCGGCUUGCGAAUGGUCCUCGCCCACCAAAACCGCCUGCCGAAAGAGCUCCUUCAGUCUGGAUUGCGUCCAAUCCUUAUGAAUCUCGCCGACCCGAAAAGGCUGACAGUGUCUGGCCUGGAAGGGCUUGCCCGGGUCCUUUCUCUUCUAAACAAUUAUUUCAAAGUCGAGAUUGGUCACAAACUUUUGGAGCACUUCAGGGUGGUGGCAGACCCCCAGUCUCUCCAAGCCACAGCGCGGUUACCAUUCUCCGAAACCGAAGGCGUCCCGAAACUAGUCCGCCUUGCCAACAUCUUCCACCUAUUACCGAGUGCCGCCAACGUUUUCCUCGACCCUCUCGUCAACCUUAUUAUUCAAACUGAAACACAAAUGCACUUCUCAACCGUCAACCCGUUCUCAGAACCCCUGGCGAAAUAUUUGGACCGCUAUCCAGUAGAGGGCAUCGACUUCUUGGUACGGAAUCUCCAGCUACCGCGUACGGUUCGCACUUUCCGAAGCGCCCUGCAGGCGAAAGUUUCCCCAAACCUGGAGCGGGAGUUGGUGUCAAGGACGCCUAUCCUUGCUCCCAGAUUGUCUGGCGGCGCGGACCAGAACCAGAUGAGAGCAAUUCUGGAAAUAAUAGACGACCUCAUCACACUCGAACCAACAUUCCUCUCCCAGCACGCUUAUGUCACCGACCAGUUGGUAGCCGUGUGGAGGUCAUUGGGUUUGACGCCAAAUGACGGAAACGACAAAGCGGAAAUCACCUAUUGGCAUUCAAUCAUCCAAUCUUCCUUCAUUAAAGCCAUGAAACAGACUCCUCGAAUUGACUUGCUCUUCGAGCUGAUCGCCAUCUACAGCCGCAAUCUCGAAAUUGACACGGUCAAGACCACCACCUUCCUCUACCAACAUGUCGCUCUCAGCGAGGACAUCAUCUUCCGGCGCAAUGUCCUCAUGCGAUUCCUUACCUGGUUCAACGACUCGUCGGUGCCCCUGGACACGAAGGGCUACUUUAUCCGCUACGUGGUGACUCCAACACUCUUAGUCCAGGCAAACCGAUCACCUACAAGCGACCGACUUAUCAACCUCGACUUCAUCUCUCAACUUCACCGCAUCAUUUGGUCACCGAUCACAGAGAAUGACGCAUUCUUGGGGUCCGAGGAGUACUUCAAGAUUGAAAUUCUCAACCUCACGACAGUCCUGGUGCAGUAUUACUCUGACUUACUCGACGAUGUGAAAAAAGACAUCAUCCGCUGCGCUUGGGCUCCUAUACAAAACAACGAUGACGUUCUCAUCCGGCAAAUGGCCUUCCUCCUCCUGGCGCGAUUCUUUUCGGUUUUCCCAAGCCCCCCUAAAUUUGUCCUUCGAGCCUGGACGGACCUUUUGCGUUUGCCACACUCUGAAGGUCGUGCUUCGGUCCGAUACGAAGCCCUCUCCAUUCUUGCGCCGUCCUUGCCAAAGUCGGAUGGCGAUGAUCCCGAGUUCCCUCAGUGGGCGAAAGCAACUCGACGCCUCUUGACUGAGGAAGGUGCCGGCCAAGCAUUCGCCAUCUACCACCUCAUCGUCAAGCAACCCGACCUAUUCUACCCCGUUCGCUCGUUAUUCGUACCCCACAUGACCAACUCCCUAAACAAACUCGGCAUGUCACCAUCCUCAACUACGGAAUCACGACACCUCUCCCUGGACAUCCUCCAGACUGUGUUUAAUUGGGAGGAGCAAGCAGCUCGACAGGCGCAAGAUGCGGGUGAGAAUAAAGGUGGCAUAUGGCGGACCCCCCUUUCCCUUCGGGAGAAUAUGGUCAGCUAUCUCAUGCGCCUUGCGACUAUUGCCCAUGACCAGCCCACCAGAGGUAUUUAUGUCUCCCGAGCGCUGGGUUUGUUGCAAAAUAUUGUCGGUCCAAGCGGCUGGACGGACGUCACAGUUGGACUGCGAUUCUUUUCCAGGGCUCUGGAGCAGACUGAACUCAGCGAUGCUACUCUGCUACAAGCGUUGUCUGCUGCUAAAGUACUCCAUGUUGUCUCCAAGGAACAGCCCGAUUCGUGGUAUCUGAGCAAUGCCGUUCUCCUCGAAAAACUCGUUCAGAAAGGGUUGCUUUAUGAUGACGCCAAUCUGCAAGACGCCUUGUAUCCCAUUUUUGACAAGCUGGUUACGCUAUUCCCCCUUCCUGAAGCUGCUCCCAGUGCAGGCGACACAGAGCAUGCGGCAUUCCAUCAAUAUAUUCAUGAUGCCCUUGGGGAGAACCUCCUCAAUUCGCCGAGUUUGCGGGGGUCUCUCCUCAUGCUCAAAUCCGUCAUCUCCGUCACCCCUGAAAGGUUGAACACUCUCUCAACUCCUCUCAUGAAGCUAUUGAGCAAGCUCGCAAAGGACCAUAUCCACUCCACUCCAAACACCCCAGCGUUUGACAGCAAUGUCCGCCUCAUCACCGCCAUCCUCGACAUUUCCCGCAACAAUGUCACAUUCCUCGGAGAGCAACGCCGCUGGCUCCUAACCGCACUCGUCAUCCUUAUCGAGAAAUCGAAGAGUAUCCCCCUGUGCAAAUACAUCCUCGAACUUUCGCGGACCUGGGCAAUGAACCGACAGGAUCCGUACCCGACGGCGAAGGAAAAGGCGAGCCUUCUCCAAAAGAUGGCACACUUCGAAGGCCGAGGAGAGCCUUUAUUCACCUCAUAUCUCGAACUCAUCUAUGAUGUGUACACUGAACCAGCUCUUCGACGAAGCGACCUUACAACCCGCCUGGAAAAUUCGUUCCUCAUUGGUUGCCGGGCAAGGGAUACAGCUCUACGCGAAAGGUUCAUGGACCUUCUUGACGUUAGCGUGUCUAGAUCAGUCUUCAAUCGACUGACUUACGUCCUUGGCGUGCAGAACUGGGAAGCCCUCGCUGAUCACAAUUGGAUUUACCUUGCAUUGCAUCUGAUUCUGGGGGCAGUUGAUCUGCAGCAUUCCUCGGCCUACGAUCGACGGUUGUCAGCGAACACGACGCAGCAAAUUCAACGUCCGCUGGUACAAAACAUCGUCCGUCCCAUGCAGCGACUCCUCUUCCUCGACCCUCAAGUUGCACAUGACACAUGGGUAUCUGUGUUCCCUGCGGUAUGGUCGUCUCUCUCGCGCAGGGAGCAAGCCGAUAUCACAAACCACAUGAUCAACCUCUUGAGCAAGGACUAUCACAUCAAGCAAUCGUCCUUGCGCCCCAACGUGGUUCAAUCCUUACUAGCUGGCAUCCAUCGUUGCUCACCUCCAAUGACCCUCCCUCCCCAUCUCGUCAAAUACCUUGCCAAAACCUUUGGGUGCUGGCACAUCGGCCUCGAGAUCUUAGGCGACGCUCUGGAUUAUCUCAAAGAUGACGACCCCGCCCUUCGAGACUAUGUCUAUGACUCACUUGCGGAAAUUUACGCUGAGCUCGCGGAAGAGGAUAUGUUCUACGGUCUGUGGCGCCGACGGUCUGUCAUACCAGACACAAAUGUCGGUUUGGCCUUCGAACAAGUAGGGAUGUGGGAGCAGGCGUCCAGUGUAUACGAAGCGGCGCAAACCAAGGUCAAGGCGGGCAACCUCCCCUUCAACGAACUCGAGUACUGCCUAUGGGAGGAUCAUUGGGUGCUGGCAACAGAAAAACUACAGCAUUGGGACAUUCUAUAUGACUUUGCGAAGAGCGAAGGGAAUCAGGAGUUGAUGCUUGAGAGCGCUUGGCGCACGUUGGAGUGGGCAGGCCACAAGGAAGAGCUGGACGAGCAGAUCGCCCAGUUACCCGACGUUGCCACCCCAAGGAGAAGGGUAUUCGAAGCUUUCAUUGCGCUACUGAAACAGCCAGCAGCUAUCGACAAAAACGUCGACUUUACGCGGUUCCUGGAAGACGCGAUGCAGCUUUCCCUUCGGAAGUGGGUCGGCCUACCGCAACAUUUUUCCGUCGCGCACAUCCCACUCCUGCAGCAUUUCCAGCAGUUCGUCGAGCUUCAAGAAGCUGUGCAAAUCUUUGGCUCUCUCUCUCAAACCAACGCCCAGAAUCUAGAAAAGAAGUCUUCGGAGUUGAAGAUGGUCCUUCAGGCCUGGCGCGAACGUCUACCAAACGUGUACGAUGACAUCAAUAUCUGGAGCGAUCUGGUCGCUUGGAGGCAAAACGUCUUCCAUUCUAUAAAUUUGGCAUACGUCCCUCUGAUCGAAAACCUUGCUCAAUCCGCCCCCGGUGGAAACCAGAACACCAACACCUACGGUUACCGAGGCUACCACGAGACUGCUUGGAUCAUCAACCGUUUCGCUCAUGUCGCUCGAAAACAUGGAUUGUUGGACGUCUGCUUCACCUAUCUCAACAAGAUCUAUACCCUUCCCAACAUCGAAAUAUCGGAGGCCUUCUUGAAGCUCAGGGAGCAGGCUCGAUGUCAUUAUCAGAAGCCCAGCGACCUACAGAUCGGCUUAGAAGUCAUCAACAACACGAACCUCAUGUUCUUCACAGCGGCCCAAAAAGCAGAGUUCCAUACCUUGAAGGGCAUGUUCUACGCAAGACUCGGGAGACUCGACGAGGCCAGCGCUGCUUUUGGUCAGGCUGUUCAGUUGGAUAUGACACAAGCAAAGGUCUGGGCUGAAUGGGGCCGUUAUAACGACCAGCGAUUCAAGGAAAACCCCGCCGAUCUCACGCUAGCAGCGAGCGCCGUUAGCUGCUACCUCCAGGCAGCGGGAUUGUACAAGUGUGGGAAGAGUCGGCCACUCCUGAUGCGCGUACUCUAUCUCCUCAGUCUCGACAACGACGCUUUGAUCAUCGGUCGAAGCUUCGAUGGCUACAAGGGAGACGCCGCAUUCUGGUACUGGAUCGCGCUUGUUCCACAACUCUGCGUCUCGCUGUCGCACAAGGAGAACAAGCCCGCGCGAUAUAUUUUGCUCAACCUCGCCAAACAUUUCCCUCAGGGUAUCUUUUACCACCUCCGGACGACUCGCGAAGAGCUCCAGGUCGUCAAAAAGGCUAUCGCGGCGAAGGCUGCGCAACAGCAGGCAUUGGAGGCUUCUCGUCGUGCAAGCGUGGAUGCCAGCGGAGACGUUGCGAUGGCCGAUGGAACUGGGACUCCGUCCACAGAGGGCAACCCCCCUCCUGCUCAGACACCGGCCAUUUCAACACCGGCUCAGCCCCAAGCACAACCUCAGAACCCGCCUCAACCCCGAGCAUCGCCUGCACCUCCCGCUGUCGGAGGAAGCGAGGCCACUCGCGCCGCCUGGGAAUAUGUCGAUGAGAUUCUCCAAAUUCUGAAAACCGCUUUCCCCCUCCUCAUCCUCAGCUUGGAGACCGUUGUGGACCAAAUUCAACACAAAUUCAAGCCGCAGCCGGAGGAAGAAGUUUACAGGAAUGUAUGCAUGUUGAUGCAGGAUGCAAUCCAGAAGGACUACGAAGAAGAUUUCAUUACCAGCAAACCGGAUUACAGCCAAUACAUGCAGCGACUUCGGCAAUGGAGGGAUAGAUUCGAAAAGACCCUGGAUGCUAGACCGCAACACCAACCCCUCGCUCUCCUGAGCCACUACUUGACGGAGUUCCAAUACAGCAAAGUGGAUGAGAUCGAAGUACCAGGGCAAUACACCGAGGACAAGGACUCGAACCAAUCGUUUGUUCGAAUUCAGAAGUUUGCCCCAAAAUUCGAAACCGUUCGCUCCAACGGCGCCUAUUGGAAACGCUUUACACUCAUUGGCAACGACCACUCCAAGACGUCCUUCAUCGUGCAACUUCCAUGCCAUCGUCAGUGGCGUCGCGAAGAACGGGUGAUUCAAUUACUGAGGACCUUGAAUUGUACCCUCGUGCGUAAGAAAGAGAGCCGAAGGCGAAACCUGGCUUUCCAUCUACCCGCUGUUGUGUCUUUGAGUCCCGCAGUCAGGCUGUUCCAGACCGACUCUUCGUAUAUAUCCUUCGGGGACAUCUACGACCUUCACUGCGAAGAGAAAGGUAUUGCAAAGGAGAUGCCUAUCCUUUACUCCGGUGAGAAGGUCAAACAGGUCCUACGUCAGUGGCAAAUGGUGCCCAACAAGAUUCUAUCAAAAACGGAGUACAUCACUCUCAAGAAGGAUAUUUUCGAUGAAAUCGCCUCUAAGAUGGUGCCCGACACCGUCAUUAGCAACUACAUGGUUCGCACCAUGGACGGGCCCGUGGAGUUGUGGCGGAUGCGCAAACAGUUCACUCUUCAGCUGGCGACUUGCAGUUUCAUGACAUAUGUUUUCUCGAUUUCGAGUCGAAACCCAAGUCGUUAUCAAGUUUCGCGUGCUACCGGCCUGAUUGCCAUGACAGACUUGCUCCCGGGUCUUGCGACGCAUCUUCCUGUCUUUGCUACCACGGAUACCGUUCCCUUCCGAUUCACUCCCAAUCUGCAGCACUUCGUUGGACCCGUGUUCACAGAUGGAAUCCUUGCGACUGGUAUUAUGUCCGUCGGACAGGCACUGACAGAGCCAGAAUUCGACCUCGAGUAUCACCUCUGCUUGUUCAGUAGAGAUGAAGUGGGCGCCUGGAUGGGAAUGAGGGGCAAGCCUUUCAAUAUCGAUCAAAUCUUCCGCCAGAGCAUGAUUGCGAACAUGGACAAUGUCGUCAAGAAGGCGGAAGCCAUGGCGUGCAAACUUGAGAGAGAAAACUCACAGCAACCCAACGUCGUCCCCAACAACGUUGUAUACCAGACAGUGAUUAACCAGAUCUCUACCGCUACCAACCCGAUCUCGUUGGCAAAAAUGGGAGAGCUGUAUCAACCAUGGUUCUAAACCCUUUCAUGCAUUCUUGUCUUGCUUUCUUGGACUGUCUCGCUAUCACCGUCAUCGCUCUGUAACAUUAUCAGUUGCCAAAUUCUUUGUAUUAUCUUUCGUCCUGUAGGCUACUAGCUCGUGUAAUAGUUAUAUAAAGCAAUCGCAUUUUUCUCCUUGA